UCUCUCGAUGUACUCUCUCAUUCUCUGAGAGACAUUUAUCUCUCUCCUGUAUUCGCUUCUAUAUUGCAAAAUUGUAUGUUAUAAUGGCUCUUUGGGAGCUCCCAACAGUUUGUGCUCUACUGAACCAUUUUUUCGAAGCACCCAAGUCAGUCAUUCGGCGAUCUUCAAGGUGUUUGGUCGCAAAAGUUUUAACGUUGGUGGCCGCACUCUUCUGGGGGACCCUCUGAAGAAGGAAAAUUUAAUAUAUUGGUGCUCUCAGUGGGUGUUGCAAAAUUCUCUUUUGAGCACAACUUUAAUAUUAAAGGGUUUUUUCUUUUGUAUUAGUCCCGCGCAGUGCCCGGGAUUUGCUCAAGUAAAUAGCGUAUUAAUUGAUGUUUUCCAGUGCACAAAUGUGAAGCUUCUCCAUUCUCGUGGCGUUGUGUGUUAGUUGGUAAUUUUUGCUUCCACCCCCAACACAUGGGAAAUUGCUCUAAAAAAAUUAUUCUUUAAUUAAAGAAAAGAAGGAAAAUUACAAAAAAAAAACAUUAGAAUUUAAAAGGAAAGAAAAAUCAAAAAGUGCGCGUAAUUUGGCGAUAAAAUAAUAAAAAAUAAAUUAAAUUUAGAUAAUUUCUCCUAAUAAAAGAGGAAGGAAAAAAUAAGCAUAUAAUAAAUUAGUUCGGUUGGAAUGCCCAUGGUACUCUUUAAGCACUAAUUGUGACAAUUAAGAUGUUACACAGAAUAAAUGUUCUUCAUACAUCUCGUUGCAAAUUUGAUGUGAUCUCAACUGUUGAAUUUACGAUAAAUUAAAUCACCAUGGGACGAUAUCCAAUGGCCAAUUGAUGUGAACUGUGGGUGUGUGCGUGGAAAUUCCAGUUUGAAAGGCGAGGAAAUUGUUGACACAGACUUCCGGGGGAUUUUCCAAUAAAUACGCCAGAGCACAAUCUGCGAAUUUUGAAACACAAAAAAAAAACUUUUGCUUUGUUGUACGCGCGCAAUUCGGGAAAUGUCGCAUAAUUAGAUGAAAAAUUGAGGGGGAGAGAGUAUGGGAAGUCAGUGAAAAAGGGAAAAUUCUCUCGAAGAAAAUUCAUAACGGAACAUUGAGGAAAACUGAUUUUGAGUUUAAAGAAAAAAGUGGGAGGAGACGCAAAAUAUUUCUUUGGAGGAAGAGGAAAAAUUAAUCAAUAAAAAGAGGUACCUAUAUCCUGUUUUUUUUUUCAAGGAGUUUUCCCCGCUCCCACUUAAGAACUGAAGGACUCUUGUUGGGGAAAUUUUUUUGUGUGCCUCCUGAAAGUAUUAUUACUCGGUUCCCUUAAGUGAGAGGUGGGGGAGUUGACGAGAACGGGGAGACGUGGAGUAAAAAAAAAAGGAGAAACAAUUUUUGGUUUAGGGGGGAAAGUGGAAGUAUAUAGUAGAAGAAGAAGAAAAGUUUAACCGGCAAGAAUGGAACUUUUCUCCGGUACAAUGGAGGGUAUUACGCAGAUGGAACGUCAGGAAGAUCGAUCAUCCCGCAACAGUAGCUCAAGUGAUUCCAGUGUCUUUACAUCAUCUGUUAAAGGAUCAUCGAGUGAAAAGAGCCGCCUUCUCGACAUCACGAGGGAUAAACCAAUAAAAGUAGCCGUAAGGGUGGCCGUUCCAGUUAGGGAUCAUCCAAAGUUUAAUUUCGUGGGAAAACUACUUGGGCCCAAGGGGAACUCCAUGAAACGACUCCAGGAGGACACAAUGUGCAAAAUGGCUGUACUUGGACGGGGAUCCAUGAAGGAUCGGAAAAAGGAGGAAGAAUUGCGAUUGAGUGGCGACCCGAGAUAUUCCCAUUUAUCAGAAGAUUUGCACGUUGAAAUAUCAACAUUUGCAGCACCCGCUGAAGCUCAUGCCCGUAUCGCCUAUGCUCUGGCCGAAGUGAGGAGAUUCCUUGUUCCGGAUUAUCACGAUGAUAUCCGACAGGAACAAAUGUGGGAGAUGCAGGCCUUAAGCUCAUCACAGAAUCAAAGCCAGGAAAUUAGUAACGCAUCUACGCACAGUAACAGCACGACAGACCUCCUGGUGGGUGGUGAAGCGGAACUCAAUGGGACAAGCGAAUGCUGCACAUCCGGCGGUGCCAAUGGUGUGGUGACGUCGAUGGCCGCUGUUACGUCAGCCACCCUCCCCGCGGCGCCGAGUAGUUCAAUUCUUAUGAUUAGUGGCACAAAUGGGGAGCUGGAAGUGGCAAAUGCCCUCACACCUCAUCAACCCAGCCCAGCUGUUGUCAAUGAUCUCGUCGCGGCGGCUGCAGCUGCCGGCGGUACUGUCAUUCCCGCCACCGUGUCGGCUCUCACGCCCAACAACUCCAUUCUAACGAUAGCCCCCGGGGAGACAAUCAUGGACACGCAUCCGGCGCUUCGGGUUGUUAAGGCUGUUAACAUUGGAAAUUUGGCCCGAAAGAGGCCCCUACUGGGUGUCCCACGAUCCAGUAUGAAUCCAACAAAACGUACAGUCAUGACCCUCUUGGCACGCGCCAAGAAUGCCCAGGCACUCCAUUCAACACGUGGGGGUGUUGCAUCAGCACUGGGGGAAGAAUUCUAUCUGUACUCCUAGGACCCCACAAAUACAGGCCAUCGCACCACCUCUAAUCCUACAGCCGGCUCUCGAUGUUGCAGCAGCCGUACAACAAAAGGAGAAUCUCAUGCAGGAUUGCCUGGGAAUUAAUUAAAUUCUCCUUGUGGUGUGUGUGUGUGUGGAAAUCCCGCGGAAAAUGGGUUUUACGAUAAAAGAGAGAGAG